AUGGGAUUAAUCUAUUCAUUAUUAUCAAAUUUUGGAAACAAAGAAAGACAAUAUCGUAUAUUGAUGCUUGGAAUAGAUGCAGCUGGAAAGACAACACUAUUAUAUCAUAUGAAACUUGGUGAACCUGUUACUACUAUACCUACUAUUGGUUUCAAUGUUGAAACGAUUCAACUUGCAUCAAACGCCGUCCUAACUAUAUGGGACGUGAGCGGUGGAUGUCCUGCAUUGUGGAAAUAUUAUUUAGAAUCAACUGAUGCACUUAUUUAUGUUGUUGAUGCAUCUGAUAGAGAUAGAUUGGAAGAAACUACACAACACAUGAUGAAUCUAUUGGCAAAUGAAGCACUAAAAAACAUUGUACUAUUGGUAUUGGCAAACAAGGCAGACUUGAACAAUGCAAUAUCAUCGUCUCAAUUGGCCAAUGAAAUGGGUUUAUAUUCACUCGAUAUCAAAUGGCAUAUACAAUCGACCGUUGCUACCACUGGUCAAGGUAUUUCACAAGGUUUGGAAUGGCUCAAUAAUACUCUUCAAAAAUUACCUCCUCCAAAACCCAUCCCAUAUUUACUAACUAAACAAUAG